UCCCACGUGUUAAGUUUCUUCAGUAUAGAACAAAGAUAAAUAAAAAGUAUAAAACUACCACCGAACCUACGAUCAGUUAUCAGUUCCGCUUUAACCUUCGAAUCAAGAUAUAAUCACCACUAUGUCUAGAAAUUUAUUUACACUCCUUUUUGGCGCUACUCUAUUAGUCACUAUAUUUAUGAUAACUCAUGCUCAGAUGCAUGUAGUGGCUGUAUCGCAGUCCUUAAAUUUACGACUAACAACAAGCAUACCGAGUCUACCAACUAAGAGACCAAUUAUACCAACGAUAAGACCAAGUUUACCAACGAGAAGACCAAUACCGCCAACUAAGGGACCCAGACCGCCGACUAAGAGACCAAGACCACCAACCAAGAGACCAACACCACCCACCAAGAGACCAACACGAAAACCAAGUCUACCUACUGAGAGACCAAUUACGAGACGACCGAGUCCACCAACAUGGACAGUAACUUUGUCCCCAACUAGAAAACCUAGGCGGGUAAGACGGCCAAUACCACGCCCGUGCGGUGGCAUAUUAAAAUGUUCCCUAGCUGGACCAUCUAUUUGUGUGCGUAGUCGAAAUAAAAAAAUGUGUCGACGUGUGGCCAAUCAGUGCUCUUUGCGAAAGCUCAAUUGUCAGUCGCAGUCACGCAACAAUUGGUUUAUUACACAGUCGAAGCAUUGUGGUAACCUCAAAGUUGGCGGGAAAGCAGCAAAAUGUAGAGGUUAAGGAAGAAGCGUAUUAGAAUGGUAUUCCUACUUUUGCAGUCUUUAAAACUAUGACAUUUAAAUAACUAAUAAAUAAAACAAAUAAAUGUAUAUAAAAUAA